CUCCAAUCAAGUGCAAAGAUGCUUUGCUCUCGAGCUUCCAGCGCGUCCGGGCCAUGCACGCUCCCAAGGCGAUGGUGGUUGCACACCCUUCCAUCUUGCGUGCACACUGCAAGUCAGCCGCCGAUGCUUGCAAGUAGUAGCCCUCGCAUGGUCCAGUCCUCGGUGUAGAUGCAUCCGCUGGAAAGCCUCCUCUCGCCGUCCGUUGGAGUAGUCUGCAGCGUGGAAAGAGGGAGGCUCAAGUCAAGUGGUGCUUUUGGCAGUCCGUCUUAAGAGAGGAGCAGGUCCUGUUCUUCUAGCCUUUGCAAGACCAUCUUCAAUUUUGAUUUUCAAUUUUUGGUAAACAGUCAUCAUGAACUGGUUCACAAAGACAAAGGGCAGGAUGGCCCAGUCGUACCGCACGGAUCCAAACCUCAACAAGUGGAAGUCUUGGGUUGGGCCUGUCACCCAUAGACUGCCCACCGCCACGGUCGACUACCUCGUCGAGAAGCUCCCUGUCGUACAAUGGCUUCCUCACUACCAUCCGAAAUGGCUUCUACAGGACAUAAUCGCGGGUAUCACGAUCGGCGUCAUGUUCAUCCCACAAGGUCUCGCGUACGCACAGAUUGCUACUAUCCCAACGGUGCACGGCCUAUACUCUUGCUGGAUCCCGUCCGCCCUGUAUUUCUUCUUGGGAACCUCAAAGGAACUUUCCACCGGGCCUACGUCCAUCCUCGGUCUCUUGACAGCAGAUGUCGUUGCCGACCUGUCCAAGGAGGGCUACGGAGCGGCCGCCAUCUCCUCCGCCAUCGCGUUCAUGGUAGGCGUGUACACCAUCGCUAUCGGUCUCCUCAAGCUCGGGUUCCUCCUCGACUUUGUCUCCGCCCCUGUCCUGAGCGGCUGGAUCUCGGCCGUUGCCCUCGUCAUCUUGCUCGGCCAGGUCGACAGUCUCGUGGGUCUUGAUGUCGGGUCCGGCACCGCCACCAUCAUCCGCGAAAUCCUCAGCAAUCUGGACAAGAUCAAACCUCUGACACUGGCCAUUGGAUUCACCUGCAUAUUCAUCCUCGUCGCUCUAGAACAUGUCGGCAAGCGAUGGGGCAAGAAGAACAAGUACCUGAAGCUCUUCUGCACGAGCCGAGCCGUCGUCGUCCUCAUCAUCUACACACUCAUCUCCUACCUGGUCAACCGCGGUCUCGGCGAGGACAACUACAAGUGGAAGGUGACAAAGGUACAGACGGAAGGCCUCUGGCGACCCCGGAUGCACGACACCAAGCUUCUGUCCAAGGUUGUCGGUCGUGCGUUUGCGCCCCUGAUCGCCAUGGCCGUGGAACAUCUCGGUGUCGGCAAGGCCUUUGGCUUGCGAAACGGCUAUACCAUUGACAAAAGUCAAGAGCUCGUUUUCCUAGGUAUCGAGAACUUUGUCAACAGUUUCUUUGGUGCCAUGACCACUGGCGCUGCCAUGUCUCGAACCGCUGUCAACUCCGAGUGCGGUGUCAAAAGCCCCGUCAACUUCCUAUUCACAUCCGGCUUCGUCAUCUUGACCAUCUACGAGCUUGCACCUGCGUUGUACUGGAUCCCAAAGGCGACCCUGUCGGCCAUCAUUAUCAUGGCCGUCGUUCACCUCGUGUCGCCGCCUCGUCUAUUCUACCGCUACUACCGCAUGUCCUUUGUCGAUUUCGUCGCCUCCAUGCUCGGCUUCUGGGUGACCCUCUUCACCACCACCGAGAUCGGCCUCGGCACAGCAGUCGGCUUCAACAUUGUCGUGACGCUUCUUCGCCUCGCCUUCCCGGGUCUCAAGAGCUUGUCCAACAUUGAGGUUCAGAGCGGCGAUGUGUUCAGCGUCCCCAGGCAAAGCCCGGGGCUCGAUGCCCUCGACGUUCCUCCCGAGGCUUUCUACGUCCGCUACACGGACGACCUCCUCUUCCCCAACGCGGAGCGUCUCAAGGCCGCCAUUGUAGAAAAGGUCAAGGUGCACUACGAGCCAUCAGUCACAGCCAUCGACAUGAAAUCGGCCGACCGCAGCUGGAACGUCUCUGACAUGAAGCGCAUCCCCCGUAUCCGGCAACGGAAGGGCAUCCAGCCGAUCCGCGGCGAGGUGGCGGCCCUGCAACACGUGGUGUUGGACAUGAGCAUGGUGUCAUUUAUGGAUAUCACCGGCUGUCUGUCCAUAAUUGAGCUCAAGAUGGAGCUGCGCAGGUACAUUGGCCAGGGCCUUCAGUUCAGGUUCCUCAAUAUGUCGGACCAGGUCAUGGAGCGCUUCAGGCGGUCCGAGUGGGAGUUUGCGCGUGAUGGUGAGGAGAGAAGUGAGAAGGCGGACGUCAUCUACACCUCUCUUGAGUCUGCCCUCCAUCAUCGCGAAGGUAGCGACCGAGAGGAUGUGGUGAACGAGAAGGCGCUCGAGGUGUAGGGUGUUAUUUGGUGUAAGACCAUCUUACCAGGGUUAUUCUGGAUUUUUCUUUGGCUCAGCAUACCACUUCGCGCUUUGGAUCGUACAUAUGC